CACCACUGAUAUACUUGCAAGAGGAUUCGCCGCGAUGUGGAAGAUACUGGGCAGAAUCUGGAGUUAAUUUCAUGCGGGCAAAGAUUACAAACAGCAAGGACGCUGGUAGACAUCAAAAUAUGAUGUACGUCUAUAGCAUGCACCACUACAUGCCACGCUAUCACAUUGCCUGCGAGCUAACAAAGGAGGAAAUUGAACGAAACAAAUCGGACUACAACAUCUCUCGAUCCGGAUGGGAACUGGCAGGAUCCUAUGUCAUUCCUGGAACACACUUUUAUUCGGUUACAGCCUACCAGAAUCCCGAUGUGAUACGCGUGAAGAUUGAUAACAAUCCCUUUGCUAAGGGAUUCCGAAAUCGGCAUGAUGAGUUCGACUUCAGCGACUCCCCGGGGCAUGGCUCUUGA